AUGCUGAAGAUGGCGUGUUGUGGGAGUUGUGUUUGCUCUCGGUGCUGCUGCAGGGAUGGAGAAAUCAGAACACCGGAGGAACUGACUAUUCUAGGAGAGACCAGGGAGGAUGAAGAUGAAAUACUACCAAGAAAAGACUAUGAGAGUUUAGAUUAUGACCGGUGCAUUAAUGAGCCAUAUGUGGAGGUGUUGGAGGGAUUGGACAAUAAGAAAGCCAAAAAGUAUGAAGCAGUGAAAUGGAUAUUGGUAUUUGCCAUUGGAGUGUCCACAGGUCUGAUUGGUGUGUUUGUCGAUUUCUUUGUGCACCUUUUCACCCAAGUGAAGUUCAAGUUGGUUGGGAGCUCUGUGGAGGAGUGCAGUGAAAAUGGUUGCCUUGCCUUGUCAUUGCUUGAGCUUCUAGCCUUCAACAUGGCAUUUGUGUUCAUUGCCAGUGUCCUGGUUCUAAUUGAGCCUGUUGCAGCUGGAUCGGGCAUACCGGAGAUUAAAAGCUACCUGAACGGGGUAAAAAUCCCAGGGAUCGUGCGUCUGCGCACGUUCGUCUGCAAAGCCGUCGGCGUCCUGUUCGCUGUUGCCGGAGGGCUGUUUGUGGGGAAAGAGGGACCCAUGAUCCACAGUGGAGCAAUCGUAGGAGCUGGACUUUCCCAGUUUCAGAGCAUAACCUUCAAGAAAAUCCACUUUCAGUUUCCCUAUUUCCGCAGUGACAGAGACAAGCGGGACUUUGUGUCGGCCGGAGCAGCGGCUGGGGUGGCAGCAGCCUUCGGGGCUCCCAUCGGGGGGACCCUCUUCAGUCUGGAGGAGGGCUGCUCCUUCUGGAAUCAAGCUUUAACAUGGAAAGUGCUGUUCUGUUCCAUGUCCGCCACCUUCACGCUCAACUUCUUCCGAUCGGGAAUCAACUACAGCAAGUGGGGCUCCUUUCAGCUCCCUGGCUUACUCAACUUCGGAGAGUUCAAGUGUCUGGACGGCGAUAAACAGUGCCACCUGUGGACGGCGGUGGACCUGGCCUUCUUCGUGCUCAUGGGUCUGGUGGGAGGUCUGCUCGGUGCCCUCUUUAACUGCGUCAAUAAGCGCCUCGCCAAGUACCGCAUGCGCAACGUCCACCCCAAAGCCAAGUUCAUCAGGGUGUUGGAGAGUCUUCUGGUGUGCAUGGUUACGACGGUGGUGGUUUUCAUGGCCUCCAUGACUCUGGGGGAGUGCAGGGAUUUGACCAGCCCAGUAGACAACAGCACAGCUGUACCAAUGUCAGCAAAUGAGGAUGUGAACUCAACCAUACGACAGUUCUUCUGCACCAACAAAACCUACAAUGAUAUGGCGACCCUUUUCUUCAACCCUCAGGAGAUAGCCAUAUAUCAGCUGUUCCACCAGGAUGCCACUUUUAGCCCAGUCACCCUCUCACUCUUUUUUGUGCUCUACUUCCUGCUGAGCUGCUGGACGUAUGGUGUCUCUGUCCCCAGUGGACUCUUCGUCCCCUCGCUGCUCUGUGGAGCGUCUCUGGGACGCCUGGUGGCCAAUGUCCUCAAAAUGAAUCUGGGCAUGCAUAUAUAUUCAGGGACAUUUGCUCUGAUUGGAGCAGCAGCCUUUCUGGGGGGUGUGGUCCGCAUGACCAUCAGCCUGACUGUAAUCCUCAUCGAAUCGACCAAUGAAAUCACAUAUGGGCUUCCCAUCAUGAUAACACUAAUGGUGGCCAAGUGGACGGGAGAUUUCUUUAAUAAAGGCAUUUACGACAUUCAUAUUCACCUGAGGGGAGUGCCACUGCUGGAGUGGGAGACAGAAGUCGAAAUGGACAAACUCACUGCCAGUGACAUCAUGGAGCCCAAUCUGACGUACGUGUACCCACACACACGCGUCCAGUCUCUGGUUAGCAUCCUGAGAACCACGGUGUACCAUGCCUUCCCCGUCGUCACGGAGAACCGUGACAACGAGAAGGAGUUCAUGAAGGGGAACAUCCUCAUCAGCAACAACAUCAGGUUCAAGAAAACCAGCGUGCUGACACGGGCAGGGGAGCAGAGGCGACGGUGCCAAUCGAUGAAGUCAUACCCCUCGAGCGAACUGCGCAAUGUAUGUGACGAGCGGCCUGGCACGGAGCCGGCUGAUGAAGGCCGGGACAUCCUGCAGCAGAUGCUGGAGAGGAGGCACGUGCCCUACCCUAACCUGUACCCGGACCAGUCUCCCAGCGAGGAGUGGAGCAUGGAGGAGCGAUUCCGCCCACUCACCUUCCACGGCCUCAUCCUGCGCUCGCAGCUUGUCAACCUGCUGAUCCGGGGCGUGUGCUACACCGAGAAUCAGUCGAGUGCAUCUCAGCCGCGGCUCUCCUAUGCCGAGAUGACGGAGGACUACCCCCGCUUCCCCGACAUCCAUGACCUGGACCUUGCUCUCCUCAACCCGCGCAUGAUAGUGGACGUGACUCCGUACAUGAACCCGAGUCCGUACACAGUCUCUCCGAACACACACGUCUCGCAGGUCUUCAACUUGUUCAGGACCAUGGGCCUGAGGCAUCUGCCGGUGGUCAACGCCGUUGGAGAGAUUGUAGGCAUAAUCACAAGACAUAACCUGACCCACGAGUAUCUGAUGGCCAAGCUCCGACAGCAUUACAUCACCAUCUGAAAGAGAGAGCAGAGGCCCCUCCCCCACUGCACCUCAGCCUGGCCACGGCCGAACCCUCACCAGACCACCAACCGGAGGGCUGGACCCCCAGCAUGGCCUCACCCUACAGCAAGCCCUGGCCACUUUCUGGACCAUUAGCACAUGGUACUUGGACCAUACUGACAGACACACACCUACAUACAUGUAUUCAGGCCUUUUCCCAUACCUCAUACUAAUUUAAAGUCUAAUUUUAAAGGUUUGUUUUUGGUUUUUUCGGAUCCAAAACCAUACACACUCUAGUUUGAACAGUAUCCUGCCUCACUUUAUUGACCUCAUUAUAGCACCUGUAAUUAUUAUUUUUUUAUUUAUAUGAAUACGCUUUUGCACUAAAACUGUUUUUAGAAUCCUUGAGUGAAACUGGAUUGAUAACUAGAAUAAUUUCAGAUUGUAACACCUGAAACAUUUCUAAAAGAUCAUUUCUAAAAUGCAGUUAUUGGCAUUAAAACAAUAAUUUCACAGCAUCUUUAUAGACACCUAUAGAGAAAGGGAGCACUAGGUCUAGAGUUCUCUGAGAGACCCGCAGCAGCGCAGAGUACAGUUUCAACUGUAAUCAAGCACUCUUUAUUAAACUCCUCAUGUCCUUAGGAGCACCUGAAUAUAAAGAGCCAGGUGUGCUGGAUUAGGAUCAACAUUGAACUCUUCUGGACCAUAGCUCCAGAGAUAGCUGAAGGAUGGCCAGCCCUUAGGAGGCAUUAGAUGGUCAUAUUACUUCAGUAAUGGCAUUUCUUUGCUUAGAUUAUUGAAAUUGAGGAUACUAAGUGAGGAGGAUAUGGGAGGCAAUGCUCCCGGAUUCCUGAAAGAGGGACCAACAGUAGUUCAGCUGUAGCCAUAUUCCAGGGAGUAAGGGUCUCAUUUCCAUUUCAGGACAGCAACCUAAGAAACGGUUCCUUCAUAUGCAGCAGUGUCAGAUUUAUUUACACAUCUCCUUAUCUUAAUGCCAUUGUAACCCUCAUCCUUCUCUUGUAGUCUUUACAAUAUUCUUGCCAAGGGAAAAGAGUGGGAGAAACACAUGUGAACUUUCUCAGGGUGUGCUUGUGUUCUCGAGCAGACCAAACCACCAAAGGAUAAGACCAGAUUAUUAAUGACAUUUCUAAUACUGCGAUCCAAUGGUAGAUUACCCACUUAGGCAAAGCAUGGUUCUACAAAUGUAAUCAGCUGUUAAUAUGUGGUCAUAUGAUAUUUUGUUAUUGUUUUGCAUUAAUGUACUGUGAUGCAGCUAUAUUGUACAUAGUAUUGUAAUUAUGGUAACAUGUUUAUACACUAAUCAUUCCUUGUUUCUGUUCUUUUGAGUAUGAGGUUUUGUUUAAGAUUAGAUUUCAGCAAGAUUUCUUUUCAAGUAUAUGCUAAUUAACUAAUGACUUAUUGUAUUUCAAGUGCUUUAAAAUGGCUCAAAUCAAUCAGUGUUAUAAUUAUGGCAUUGCAAGAAGGUGAACAGUUAUAAAGUGUUAUUUGAUGUAGCCAAUGUUUUUUUUUUUUAAUGUUUUUUAAUAUACCAUGCUAUCAAAUUUCUUUCUACUCCAGUCUUCCCUGAUUGCAAAUUUUAUGUGCAUCAUGUACUCUAAACUGACGAAGAAAACAAAACAAAUCUACUUCUCUUAUAAAGAUCUCAAUGAAUAUUUCACAUUGUAAUGUAAUCACCAUGGCAGCUUACUGUGUUGGGCUGUACUACCAUAGUCUUUAGGCCUCCAUAAUCAUGCGUUUUAGUCAUUUUUGGUGGUGCAAAGCCUUUUCUGAGUUCAGCUAGCUAACUGCUGCGUUUGAUUACCAGGCUAUAUGAAACUGAGCAGAUCAGAUGCAGCCUUCAGUGUGUGCACAGAAAUAUGUUCCUCUGUUUAUGGAAAAAGAAGUCAUGCUGCUAAGAGGUAGAGGUAUGACUUUAAAGCAAUGAACUAAAUUCUUUAAAGUCAUAUCCUGAAAUGAGUUAGUACUGUGGAAUAUAUUAAGUCACUCUGUGGUAGAAUUUCACCUCACUGCUUGAAUGGAAAUUUAGUUAAGCCCGGACCCUGUUACAUAUUGUCUGUAAAACCCAAUAAGAAGAUGACCGUUUUGGCAGUGGAUGGUCACUGGCUGGGGUUUUGUCCAGCGCUCAAACCCCUCCAGCUCUCCCCAUACGUUUAUUUUUGGCUUUUUGUAAAACGCUGUUGUGGAUGAGGCCUCUGAUUAUUCUGCCCCAGGGUUACCCAUGAUGUCCUCACAUUGAGACUAAUGCAAAGUUCACUGUCCCGUGCCUUUUACUUCAAAUAAACAUUGCGACAAGCUUCGUAAUGGA